GCAAGAGUGUGCCCUUACCCGCGCGCGUGGGAGCGAGAUGUUCGUGGAGACUGGGAAUUGGAUGAGAGCUCGAUCAAGGAAAGCUCCGGUCGGUCAAAUAACAUCAGCCCCUCAUCCGCCCAAUCAACGUUAAGGAAUCAAAAGAAACAUUAAGAAUUACGAAAACAAACCUUAAUCAAAACCCAACACAACAGGAAUCCAAUUCAAAACAACAAAACAAAAACAAAUACAGUAAAGAAAUCCUGGGCUUUUCGUUGAUUAUCUUUUGGAGCAUGCGCAACCACGUCAAAAAACAUUGUUGUUUGUUGUUUCCUGUACCUCCCCAAAUUCCGAAUCUUUGUGGGUAAUGACACAAAAAAUCCAUGAAAUCCCAAUGGGACAUGAAAAUUUACUGUUCGAUUUCGUCGAAUGUUACAGUCUUUGGGUUUAAUGUUACACUAAUCACCAUGGGUUCCAAUCAAAGGUUGUUACUUUGUCAAGUUCGUCAAAAGGACUUUUGAUUGGUUUCAAUGUUUUUCUCUUGGGUUUGACCUUUAUGAGGUUUUGAAUGCAUAUUUCUGACACACCCACCUUAUUUAACAAAUGAGAAUAUUAAUUACUUUUAAAUUUUUAUUAAAAUUUUUGGUGACUGAGAAUUUUGAUUUUAUUUUUGGUGAGUUAGAUUACGAUAGAUAGACAAAGAUAAAUAAAUUAAUCCUAACAGAAGUUGGGGUUGUUUUUUUAUACGAAUUUCUUUUUGGGGAUUUGGAUUUUACGGGCCUAGGGUUCUCUUUUCAUACUUUACUCGUCUAUUUUGUGCUUUUUUGUGAUUGUAGAAGCUAAAGGACUCACUUGGGUCGUCGGUUCUUCACAAUUCCUUAUCUGGGUUGUUCGAGUUCUUCAAUUUCCUCAUCUGGGUCGGUGGGAUUUUGUGAUUUUUCCAUAGUUCUUUAUCAGGUUCGUUGAUUCCCCACGUUUUCUCAUUUGGGUCGUGGCUAAUUUUUCUAAUUUCAACAGUUUUUGGGUUGGAAUCGAGGUAUUUUCCCCCAAGUUUGCUUCCUUGAAUGCUAGCUACAAGGUGAAAUUUGAUCAGGUUGGUGUGAUUGGAAUCCGAACUAUGGUCCAAGUUGUGGCCUGGCUUCAGUGUUAUAGUCUAGGGGAUUUCAAUGGUUUUCGGGUUUUAAAUCUUCUGUGAGGAGCUUGAGCUACUUUGCUUAGCCAACUGUGUGGAAGCCUGCAGGAAAUAAUGUUUCAUUCUCAGGGAGCUUCAAAGCACCCUUGUAGUCUGCUUGUGGUCAAUUGUGCGGAAAUUUCUGAAGAGAAACGUAAUAAGGACACGGCAGAUGAUAAACUCAGAUACCCGUUUCCGGAGUUGGUUUCCUCAGGGCGUUUGGAGGUUCAAACUCUGACCAAGCCAACCAAAGAGGAGUUAUGUAAAAUGCUUGAGUCAUAUAAGCCGAAUCUUGUAUACCUGCAAGGAGAACAGCUUGGCAAUAAUGAAAUUGGUUCUCUUGUCUGGGAAGAUGUCGACUUGUCGACUCCUGAAGCUAUAUCUGAGAUCUUUGGUGCCACAUUGCCCACAACUGUUUAUUUGGAGGUUCCAUAUGGUGCAACAUUGGCAGCAGCCAUUCACUCAAAGGGGAUUCCUUAUGUGAUAUAUUGGAGAAGUGAAUUUUCUUCCUUUGCUGCUUGCCACUUUCGACAUGCUUUACUUUCAGUGAUACAGAGUUCAUCAACUCAUACGUGGGAUGCUUUCCAACUUGCAUACGCUUCCUUUAGACUUUACUGUGUAGAAAACAACCAUCUUGUUCCUGCUAACAUAUAUAAAUCUAGUGCGGAGCUGGGGCCAUGUCUUCUUGGUGACCGUAUAAAAAUCAACGUUGAUCUUCCUGAGGCAGACAUGGAAGAAGAUGAAAAAGGUUCCUUGGGUACUCUCCCUGCUAUAAAGAUACAUGAUGAUGAUGUGACCUUGAGGUUUCUUGUUUGUGGCGAGCCGUCCACAUUGGAUGCAAGCUUAUUAGAACCUUUGGAGGAUGGUCUCAAUGCCCUCUUAAACAUUGAAAUGCGUGGGAGCAAGCUUCAUGGAAAAUUUAGUGCUCCUCCACCGCCUCUUCAGGCUGGGACUUUUUCUCGUGGUGUCGUGACUAUGCGAUGUGAUGUAUCAACUUGUAGUUCUGCGCACAUAUCACUUCUUGUGUCGGGCAGUGCUCAAACUUGCUUUGAUGAUCAGCUCUUAGAGAAUCAUAUAAAGCAUGAAAUUAUCGAAGAGAGUCAACUUGUACGUGCAUUGCCCAAAGAUGACGAAACCAAAGCACCUCUAUCUGAACCACGAAAGUCUGCGUCAAUUGCAUGUGGGGCUACAGUAUUUGAAGUUAGCAUGAAGGUUCCUGCAUGGGCUUCACAGGUUUUGAGGCAGCUCGCACCUGAUGUUUCUUAUCACAGUUUAGUUGCACUGGGCAUUGCCAGCAUUCAGGGAUUACCUGUGGCUUCUUUUGAAAAAGAUGAUGCUGAUCGCCUUCUUUUCUUCAGUUCCAGUCUGGGGAAAGAUGGUAAAUCAAACGACUUGAGUCUCAGCAGCCUUCCUACUUGGUUGAGACCACCUCCUCCUAGUAGGAAGAGAUCUCAACCAUGCCAAGAGACAUGCCUGGGUUCUCUUGACGGCCAGGGGCUUCCACGUUUACCUGCUUCUAAAAUUGAUGAAGACAACAGAGUUGCUGGAGCAAUGAAUGGGGUUAGCACAUCUUUCCUUCCAGCCAGGCAAAGAUUGAAAAUAGCCGCAAUGAGGCCCAUUCCUCAUGUUCGUCGUCCUAAAAUGACACCCUUUUCUGGAAUGUCUGAGGUAGAUGGGCAUGAAGGAGGCCAAGUCAAGGCUCAUAUGCCUCCUCCUCCUCCACCCACAAAGCUCAGUAUUGUUGGAUUAACUCCUACAACACAACGAAAAUCAUACUCAAGCUCUUCUCAGGCUAAGCAGAUUAUUUCCUUGAAUCCUUUGCCAUUAAAGAAACAUGGUUGUGGUAGAAGCCCAAUACAUUCUUGCUUAGAGGAGGAGUUUUUGAAGGAUGUAAUGCAGUUUCUAAUUCUCCGAGGACAUAAUCGGCUCAUUCCCCAAGGUGGACUCGCUGAGUUUCCAGAUGCCAUUCUCAAUGGAAAGCGUCUUGACCUGUACAACUUAUAUAAAGAGGUGGUUACGAGAGGAGGCUUUCAUGUUGGCAAUGGCAUCAACUGGAAAGGACAGAUCUUCUCAAAAAUGCGCAAUUACACAAUGACCAAUAGAAUGACUGGUGUUGGAAAUACACUUAAACGACACUACGAAACUUACCUUCUAGAAUACGAAUUGGCUCAUGAUGAUGUAGAUGGAGAGUGCUGCUUAUUGUGUCACAGUAGUGCAGCAGGGGAUUGGGUAAACUGUGGAAUAUGCGGUGAGUGGGCUCACUUUGGCUGCGACAGAAGGCAGGGACUUGGUGCUUUUAAGGAUUAUGCAAAAACAGAUGGACUGGAGUACAUAUGUCCACAUUGCAGCAUCAGCAAUUUCAAGAAGAAACCACAGAAAAUUGCAAAUGGAUUUUCCCAAGGCUCAACAGUAUCACGGCCACUGUAAUUCAAUUUUGCUCCUACAAUAUCAUAAUUAAUAUCAUCUUCCUUUUGGCUCUCUGAUUUGGAGGUUGCUUCCCUCCCUAAUCUGGCACGAGAAGUUGAUUUGUACGGCUGAUUAGGCCUUAAUUGCACGAUGCUAAAAUAGGAGACCAGAGACCGGGGGAGGACAACGGUAGAAAACAGCAAGUCUAGUAGAGCAUACUAGUUAGCGUAGGUAUUUCGUUUCGGGUGGGAAAUUUCUGUCCCUUUUUAGCUCUACCAUUGUGUCAGUCUGUUUCUGUUUCCCCUUUGGGGUUGUUAAGGUUGGACAGUUAAGAAAUCCCAUCAUUCAGAAAGGGUCGUUGUAAUAUAAUGCCGCUAUCUCUGUGAACAUAUACGACUUUAUGUAGCGUUUAAUGAAAGAUUAUGAUUAUACUGACCUAUCAA